AGUAAACACUUCCUGGUGUGGGUGUGGACGCUGAUGACUACACAAAAAUGGAGGAGAAGCAAGCCAACCCUGCCUGUAGAAAGUAGUUUCAAAUCGAAACCGUUUUACAUCGAGUCCUUCUAUGGUCGCUGGUCCUAGUUGAUAUGCUGUGUCAGGAUGGGAAAUCUGUUUGGAAAAAAGAAACAGUCCCGAGUGACGGAACAAGAUAAAGCCGUUUUGCAACUGAAGCAGCAGAGAGACAAGCUGAGACAGUAUCAGAAGAAAAUCAACCUGCAGCUGGAGAAGGAGCGAUCUUUAGCCAAACAACUGCUGAAAGAUGGCAAGAAAGAGAAAGCACUCCUCUUGCUGAAGAAGAAGCGGUACCAGGACCAGCUCCUGGAUAAGACGGAGAACCAGAUAAGCAACCUGGAGCGGAUGGUUCAGGAUCUGGAGUUUGCUCAGAUCGAGAGGAAAGUUAUUGACGGGUUAAAAAUUGGAAACGAAUGUCUAAAGAAGAUGCACGAGGUGAUGUCUAUUGAAGAGGUGGAGCGGAUCAUGGAUGAAACCCAGGACUCCAUUGAGUACCAGCGGCAAAUCGAUGAGAUGCUUGCUGGCUCGCUGUCACAAGAGGAUGAGGAUGCUGUUCUGGCUGAGCUGGAUGCCAUCACUCAGAGAGACGUUGAGCUUCCCGAAGUUCCAUCAGAGCCGCUGCCAGAAGUCCCAGAGGCUGCAGAGAAGAAACCAGAUUCAGAGAAGGAGCAGCCCAGGAAGAAGCCAGAGCGAGAGAUGCUGCCUGUGUAGAAACCGAACUAAGCUCCUUCAGCUGAAGCCCAUCAGAACCACACAGACUCUGUUCCCGACACCUCAGAGGUUGUUGAAGCUACAGCAGCUGCUAAUAGAGCUUCCUUCAUCACAUCUGGUGGCUAGUAGGCUUCGUCUGCUGCAGGCCGACCCCAAAGGCAGGACCAGGUCACUGCAGGGCCCUUAAAUCCUGGAAGACCUGUGAAAUCAGAUUAAUGUGCCUAACUGAAGAUUCAUUUGUGCUCAGUGUUUACCGUGAAAUCAUUUUAUACUCUAUCGGCUAAUUCAAGAUUUUGUAUGCCGUUUGUGUUUUCUUAAUUCUUUAAAGAAAAUUUUUAAUUUAACUUGAGUCCAACUCGAGCCUUUCUCCCAAAACACAAGCAUUCAUCUGUGUGCAUCCAUCACACUUUGGUUUUUAUUUGUGAAGCUAAAGAAAGCGAUUCAUCUGUCCUGAAAGCACAUCCAAGUUAGCAACACAGAGACGAGCUGUGUGGGAGAAUAUAAAAACCAAUUUCUUAAUCUGAUUUAAUCUGGAUUUUGACUGCUAUAGAAUUAUGCAGACUGUGUGAAAAACUGAUUUUCUUGCCGUUUGUGUGAACUGACCCUUGAUUAAUCUUUAAAGCUUUUGGCUGCUUUGUGAUGAGUUAUUUCACCCAGUCUGAAACUUUCUAAAACCUUCCAACAUCCAGAUCCGUUUCUGAGCCUCCACUCUCAACCCGACCCCUUCUGCAGCAGAUUAACUAAUCUCAUUUGUGGAUUAGCUCAGCGUCACUGAAGAAAGGGCUGAGUGUGUGUCCUCUGACACCGACAACAGUUCCUAAUCUCCCCCAGCUUUGCAGAACCUGGAUUUUACCCCACUGAGUAUCAUCAGCUGUAAUUAUGUCCCUGUGCAGGAGUGGCAGCCUGCUUCCACCAGGCUUAAAGCUUCUGUAUCUCUGAAGAUCAAUGGAACUAAUCUGUAAAUCGUUUGAAGUCUGAUGAUUGUCGGCCUGCAGCACCAAACUCAGUUUCGUAGAGUUAUUUUGGAAAUUUCUGUACAUCCUUUUUACAAUAAAAUGUUUUUUUAUUG